AUGGACAAUCAAAUUAUUGAUAACUAUGCAUUAACAAAUGAUGAAAACAACUAUAAACAAUAUCCUGAUGUGAAUUAUUCAAUGAAUCAAGAUGGUUCAAUGAAUAAUGCUAAUACAGAUGGGUUCCUUUAUCAAUCACCAGAACAUAGUGUACCACCAUUCAGUAUGAAUAAUAAUAAUAAUAAUACUGGUAUAGUAGAUGAUUCCUUUAUGGCAUCCUCUGUUCCAUAUAUGAAUGGUAAUUCAAAUUUAAGAAUAAGUUCAAAUUCUAGUGAAUUUGAUAAUGUCGGAUAUACAAUGACUGAAGAUGAUUUAAUUACUCAACAAAUGUCAAAUAUUCAUUUAAAUUAUUCGGGAAUUCCUGAACCACAAGAUACAUAUGGUGUUGUUGCUACAGCAACCGCUGUUGCAAAUGCUAAUACAUCAUUUUCAACUCAAUCAACUUUACAAAUAACAAAUCCAUUAAAUUUUACUUCAGCACCAAGCAGGACAGUAUAUUUAGGUAAUAUUCCACCAAAUGCCACAAUUAAAGAAUUAUUAGAUCAUGUUCGUAGCGGUGUUGUUGAUGAAAUUAAAAUUUUACGUGAAAAAAUGUGUGCAUUUAUUUCAUUUGUCGAUGAAAAUGCUGCAUUAUUAUUUCAUUCUGAUGCUAUCUUGAAAAGAUUAAAUAUCGAUGGUCGUGAUAUUAAGAUUGGCUGGGGUAAAUCUGCAAGAAUGGAUCCUUUAGUAUUAGCUAAGAUUCAAACAGAUGGUGCAACAAGAAAUGUUUAUAUUGGUCAUUUAAAUGAUGAACCAAUUAUUAAUGAUGAAGAAAUUUUAAGAAAUGAUUUAUUACAAUUUGGUGAAAUUGAUACGAUAAAAUUUGUUAAAGAGAAAGGUAUUGCAUUUAUUCAUUUUGAUUCAAUUGCAACAGCUAUUUCUGUUGUAACAAAUUUAUCUAAUAUUAAUCCAACUUAUUCACAAAAGAGAGUCUUUUAUGGUAAGGAUAGAUGCGCAUUUAUUACAAAGACACAACAACAUAAUGCAGCUCAAUUUUUAGGUAUCCAAUCAGGUGUUGAUAAAUUAGCACAGUUUAAUGAUAGAGAAUUUAUUUCAAAUGCAUUAUUACAACAAUCCGCUGCAGCAGCAGCAAUUGCAACAUCUGCGGGUGGUCCAAAUAAUUUAGGUAAUCGUACAAUUUAUUUAGGUAAUUUACCAAAAGAUGUUAGAGUUGAAGAAAUUUGUAAUGUUGUUCGUGGUGGUAUUUUACAAAGUAUAAAACUUUUAUCUGAUAGAUUUGUUUGUUUUGUAACAUUCAUUGAUCCAACAGCUGCUGCACAAUUUUAUGCAAUGAGUUCAUUACAUGGUCUUACUAUUCAAAAGAAACGUUGCAAAGUUGGUUGGGGGAAACAUUCAGGUCCUUUACCAAAUGCUCUUGCUCUAGCUGUUGGCCAUGGUGCAUCAAGAAAUGUUUAUAUUGGUAAUAUUGACAUGAAUAAUAUUGAAUUUUUCAAUGAACAUAAUUUAAGAAAUAUCUUUAAACAAUACGGUGAAGUUGAACAAAUUAAUUUCUUACCAGAUAAAAGAUGUUGUUUUGUUAAUUUUACAAAUAUUAAUAAUGCAAUCUUAUGUUUAGAUAAAAUUAAAUCUGUUCCAACAUUUGAAAAUUUAAAGAUAAAUUUCGGUAAAGAUAGAUGUGGUAACGUUCCACAUCAACCACGUUAA